GAUAGUUCUAAACCCCAACUUGAAAUGUCUUCGCAAUUGGUUUUCUCGUUAGAACCAAGUCCUCCCCACGAACACCGAACGUUGUAGCAGAAUUUUUGACAGAUACGGGGGCAAAUUAACAAAAUAACCGUUUCUAAAUAUUUAAAAAAGGUUCGAAGUGACUUCGAAAUUAGGUAAAUCAAGUAUUUAAAAAUUUACCGACUGCGAAUGGCUGUGAAACCCUUCUCGAACGAUCAAUUGAACUUCUUUAAGUUUUCUCAACUCGUUCUUGAUGAGUUCCCUAAAGCCUUGCGUCAAACUUUUAUCUCCAUGUGGGACAGCAAGGUUGGUAAAAGCCCAGGUUUUAUUCUCUGGGAUGAUAGCAUUAUUGUCCGCAAUUUGCUACUUACAUCUGAAGGUGGUAAAACCGAAAUACCAACCACAAAAUCCAUUCAGGAUUGGGACUGUACAGCUUUAUUUAAAGCAACAAUUUUUGCCAAAACAUUCGGCGUUCCAAGAAAGGGGAAAAGUUUAACUUUAAAUGAUUUAUAUUUGAAAGUCAAACCAGUUUCAGGCUCUUUUCAUAAAUCAGUUGUAAGUUUAACGAAAAACAAGGAUGAGACAUAUGCUUUAGCAAUUGAUCAAAUGCGACUGUUGAGAAACAGACUUUGCCAUUCAUCCGAAGCGGAGAUUAACAAGGCUGAUUUUGAUCAUUAUGUAUUGUUAAUAAAAGACGCUCUAACAGCACUUUCCGUUAAUACUGCUUUUGUUGAUGAUAUUGAAACGAUGAAGGAGGAGGAUUUUCCUACAGAAAAGGUUCAACAAUUAUACGAAUGUCGUAUGAAAGAGUUACAAGCCAUCAGUAUGUUUCAUGAGAAUGUGGAAAAGGAAUUAUCCACGAUAAAUGAACAGAUAGGAAAAAUGACGAUAGAUGUGCAACAGAAAUUAUCUUCGUUUGUUGAAAAAACUGAGCAAAAUGGGAAUCUGAAGAAAGAGUUAUCUUCGAUUAAAGAACAAACUGAUAAACUUGAGAACAUGGAUCAGAAAUUAUCCUCUAUGGAAGAACAGACAGAGAAAAUGGAGAAUGUGGAGCAGACACUAUCUGAAAUUCUUGCGACGAUAAAAAGAAAUUUAGAAGACAAGAAUAAUGUACCAGCAAAUCCAUCUAUGAUAGGAUCGAGGUUUGGAAAUGUUGGCCACGAGGUUGAUGUGAAACAAACAAACCACUUGAAUGCCGGAGAUGAGGUUAUCUCUCUGUACGGUUCCUGGGCCUACUUCACGGCGACUGUUGUAUCAUUUGAUGUCGAUAAUUUAAUGUAUACUAUCAAUUGGGAUGACGGUCACCAAUCAAGAAGAGUUCAGAAAUAUUUUAAUGUUGCCCUAAAUAAAACUCCUGGUGAGAGCGAGAUUGAUAUUAAUACAUUGGUUCUUUUUCCUCAGGGCGAAUAUGCCGGUACUGAUGGGAGCAAUCUCGGUGGUAUCAGAUAUCACCAGGGUCGCGUAACCCAGAUAUAUGAAGAUCCUCUCGGUGUGAAAAAGUACGAUGGCGUACAUACGAAAGGGGCAAGUGAUGGUAAAUGGAUCACAUAUAAUGGUUACAGCUAUGAAUUCAACGGACUAACCAGAAACGAUCUGCGCCUAACCCUUGAUAUCUCAGAUAUACUGUUAAUACUGAAGACCCAAUGGAUGUCAAAAAACUACAGUAAUGAAGUGAGUCACGGCAGAAUGACCAAGAAUAAUGGUGAAUCCGUGUACGAUGUGUUUUUAGUACAUAGUAAGCUUAACCACAAACCGACCCUUGAAAAUUGCAAGGAUGAAGCAAGUGAAACUGCUGAGAUUGUGCCAAAGGUUGCCGAGACUAUUUUUGACACCGAUUCAAAAUCUAGAGUUGCGCAUGCUGUGCAAACAAAAUAUUUGAAACCUGGAGACAAAGCUUUAAUCAUGUGGGGAGCCUUUUCUUACUUUCCUGCCACUAUUGUAUCAUUUGAUGCUGGCACUUUGGCAUACACUGUCAAUUGGGAUGACGGUGACCCAUCAGAUAGACUCCAGAACUAUCGUAAUGUUGCUUUGAGUAAAACUCCUCAUGAUAAUGAGAUAACAGUUGGAACUUUGGUUCUGUUUCCUCAGGGCCACUAUCACUCCGCAGCAGGUAACAAUAUCAUGGGUACUAUAUAUCACCCGGGUCGCAUUACACGGAUUUAUCGAGACUUUGAAGGCGUAAAAAAAUACGAUGGAGUGCAUACGAAAGGGACAAAUGAUUGUAAAUGGGUGACCUAUAUUGGAUACAACUAUGAAUUUAAGGGACUCGUCACAAGUGAUCUACGUGUAUUCCCAGAUGCUCAAGUGGUUGAAGCAGAGAUACCGGCUGAGAUUGAACCAAAUAUUGAGGCCAUUUCUAACGCGGAUACUAGCGGUAUUAUGCAGCAAGCAAGAUAUUUGAAAGCUGGUGACAAAGCUUUAAUCAUGUGGGGAGCCUUUUCGUACUAUCCUGCCACUAUUGUAUCAUUUGAUUUUAAUACUUUGGCAUAUACCGUCAGUUGGGAUGACGGUGACCCGUCAGAUAGAGUCCAAAACUAUCUUAAUGUUUCUUCAAAUACAACUCCUAAUGAUGACGAGAUUAAAGUUGGAACUCUGGUUCUUUUUCCUCAGGGUCAAUAUACCUCUGCUGCGGGGAACGGUAUUUCUGGUACCAUAUAUCACCCGGGACGCAUUGCACGAGUUUAUGAAGAGCCUCAAGGCGUGAAAAAGUACGAUGGAGUGCAUACGAAAGGAAUAUAUGAUGGUAAAUGGCUGACCUAUAGGGGAUACAGUUAUGAAUUCAGGGGACUAACAAGAAACGAUUUACGCGUGUUCCCAAAUGCUGGUGUGGGCAAAGCAGGGACUGUAGCUGAGGUUAAACCAAAGAUUAAGGCUAUUUCUGGCGCAGAUUCAGGAGCUGAAAUUAAACCAGGGAUUGAGGCUAUAUCCGAUACAGAUUUAACGGUUGGUGUGGAUCGAACAGCAUAUUUGAAACCAGGAGACAAAGCUAUAAUCCUGUGGGGAGCCUUUUCCUACUAUCCUGCCACUAUUGUAUCAUUUGAUGUCAAUACUUUGGCGUAUACUGUCAAUUGGGAUGACGGUGACCCGUCAGAUAGAGUCCAGAACUAUCGUAAUGUUGCUUUAAAAAGAGCUCCUGAUGAUAACGAGAUUUUAGUUGGAACGUUGGUUCUUUUUCCUCAGGGUGGAUACAUGUCGGCUGCAGGGAACUAUAUCGUAGGUAACAUUUAUCAUUAGGGUCGCAUUACGCGAGUUUAUGAAGAACCCCAUGGCGUGAAAAAAUACGAUGGUGUACACACAAAAUGUGCUCGUGAUGGUAAAUGGGUGACUUAUUGGGGAUACAGUCAUGAAUUUAAAGGGCUUAGUAAAAGUCAUCUAUGCACAUUCCCAUUUUAAUCACCAUGAAAAACUGGCAAAAGAAAAGGCAAGAGCCAAGAUUAACUCACUGAGCUGCUUGUCAAAUUGGAGAUGAAAUGAAUUUUAGAGAAAAGUUCGAAAUCCUAUUGAUAUUACUGUUUUUAAAUGAACAAUGAUUUACGUGAAAAUCGUAACAGAAUAAUCUUUAGUUGCAUCAUUGAUUUCGUGAUUAACAAUUGGUGAUUAGGCGUCAAUUAAACGCUUCAACAACUGGAAAU